ACUAAGCGGUUGGAUUUUUCGAGUAUAUCUGAAAAGAUUUAAUGGCUGGUCGGCGAAAAAAGAAAUGUUUAACAUCUUCAUCUACAUUGCAAUUGAUACAGAGUGGAGAGUCUCGAUGGUGGUUAUCAAAAAAGUCGGAAUUUAGGUCACUGCUAAAGUUUUAAAGUUGCGCAUGAUAUACCGAGGAACUGUGUUCUCCACAAAGAUAACACGAUGGGACGGAGAUUAUAAGGAUAAGAAUCAUUGACUGUGCUGGAAAAAAAAACUGUUAAGAGUUUAUUUUAGCAUGGAGAGCAAGCUUUGUGACCCGUGCCGUUUCGAUGAAACAGAAGAGAAAGCAACUGGGUUUUGCCUUGAUUGUGUGGAAUAUCUAUGUUCUGCAUGUAGUCGAGAUCAUAGAAAAAAUAAGAUAACCAGAACCCAUACUAUCCUUAAAGAUGAAGAUAUGCCUUCUGAUGUGAGUACCUUCGCCUCGAUGAAGACGAUGACUAAAUGCAAAGUACAUCCAGACAGGACUGUUGAAUACAAAUGUUCAACUCAUGAUGAAUUAAUAUGCGUUUCCUGUUUCGCGAAAGCUCACCGACAGUGUCAAACUAUUGAUGAAUUGACUGUUGAAAGAACUGAAAAACAGUUGCAAAGUGUGGCCCAACAAACGAAACGAUUGCAAAAAGAGAUACAGGAAGUUGGAGAUGCCCGUCUAAGAAUGAAGCAAAUGCUGAAGGAAAAUUUAGUUAAUCUAGAAAGAUUUUGUGAUAAGCAUGCUGCGGGUAUGAAAGAACGCAUAGAUACUCUGAAUGACAAAUUGAAAGAAAACAUUUGUAGUAAGAUCGGUGGCCAAGUGUCGAGCAACGAAGGAGAUGUUGACGCGGUAAAGUCUUUACAAAAUGAGCUAAGCGAGAAAAUAAAACUUGUCAACGAUACACAGAAAUAUGGGAACGCGAACGAGCAAGAGGCAGUAUUCAGACGGACUGAAAACAAUUUGAAGGAAAUAGAAAGUCAAGUACAAAGUUUUCAAAGGAAACAGUCUAUACUCUACAAGGUUUUGCCGGAUCCGAAUCUAGAAAAGUUGAGCGACUUAGGUCAAAUACAUGAAUUAGACGCCGAAGAGAUGACAGUUUUAUGUGAACAAGAAAUCGCAAGUUGUUCGAGUGAAGAAGUCGUUGAUGAUAAGAAUAAAGAACGUCUAGAAAAAGACUGGCAUAUUGACCUAGAAGGAGGAGAACCAACAGAUGUUACUGUUGAUGAAAAGAAUGGGAUCAACAGUGUGAUACGCAAUGGUUAUAGUUUUAUUUUUAGUGUUCUAAAUAUUAAGGCGGAAGGCCUGGAGCCAAUGUUUAUAAAUGAAUGA